AUGUCAUUAGAAGAAAGUACUAGUAGUGAUUAUCCAAAUAAAGCCAUUAUCUUAAAUAUUAAACCAAAAAUUUUAUCCAAAAACUUGUUCUUGAAAGGAAUUUUAUGCAAAACCCUAAUCUUGUUAACCCUAAUUCUAUAUCUAGUAUACUUUUUCUUGUCCAAUCAUCCAUGUUGUCAAUCACCAUCAUCAACAUCCCUAUUACAAUUUCCCCCCACAAAAAACAUCAUCAAGUCAUCAAAACAAUAUUAUUUUAAUUCCAAUAUUAAAACCAAUAUUAGCCAUUUAAUUUUUGGAAUUGCAGCCUCAUCAAACACAUGGGGUGAAAAAAAAUGGUAUGUAAAUUCUUGGUGGAAACCAAAUAUAACUAGGGGAUAUGUUUUCUUGGAUAGAACCCCAAAUGAACAUUUACCAUGGCCUAAUUCCUCUCCCCCAUAUAGAAUUUCUAGUGAUAAUUCGCGAUACAUGCCUUACAACAAACAUGGGAUGCCAUUCGCGAUUAGAAUGGUGAGAGUGAUUGAGGAGAUGUUUGUGGAAAACCAUGGCCUUGGUGUUAGGUGGUACGUUAUGGCUGACGAUGACACUGUUCUAAUGAUUGACAAUUUGGUUAACGUGCUAUCGAAGUAUGAUCACACGAAAUAUUAUUAUGUUGGGAUGAAUUCAGAGUGUAUUGUGAGUAAUUUUGGUAUGUCAUUUCAAAUGGCAUUUGGUGGUGCUGGUUAUGCAUUGAGUUACCCUUUAGCACAAGCUUUGGCUAAGAACAUGGAUACAUGUAUAAAGAGGUAUCCAAAUUUGUAUGGAAGUGAUCACAUUUUACAAGCAUGUAUUUCUGAUAUAGGAGUCACCAUUACCCUAGAAAAAGGGUUUCAUCAAAUCGACUUGCGUCACGACAUAUCGGGUUUUUUAUCAGCUCAUCCACAAUCACCAUUCCUAUCACUCCAUCAUCUUGACUUAGUAGCUCCAAUUUUCCCUUCAAUGAACCGCUUUGAUGCCUUAAAUCAUCUAAUGAAAGCAGCAAAUGUUGAUCAAUCUAGACUAUUGCAACAAAGUACAUGUUACAAUAAGAGACACAAUUGGACAUUUUCAGUAUCAUGGGGUUAUUCAGUGCAAAUUUAUGACAAAAUUCAAUCACAAAGUUAUCUUGAAAAACCAAUUGAGACAUUUGGUGAAUGGAGAAAGGGGGCAUGGCCACCUUACAUGUUUAAUGUUAGAGGAUUCAAGAAUAGUAAUAAUAAUAAUAAUGGCAAUUAUUCUUGUGGUGAAGUUCCAAAUGUUUUGUUUUUUGAUUCUUUGGAGGGUACUAGGUUGAAUCAUAUUGUGACAACAUAUGUCAAGAAAACUCCUAGGAGUUGUGCCAAAAAUGAUCAUUCUUCUGAUGAUGUCAUGAAAAUUCAUGUGUUUUCUCCUCUGCAUAAGCUUCAUGUUGGGGAUGGUAAUAGAAGAGAAUGUUGUGACAUUAUUCAACCAAUUGGAAUGGACUCAAUGGCCAUCAAACUUAGGACUUGUAUGAAACAUGAAAUUAUUGCCUGAGAAAAAAAAUGUUCCGUACUUAUAUUGGUAUUAAAUUAAAUUUCAAUUCGUAUUGAAAAGUGUCAUGUUGAAGUAAAUCACUCUUUAAUAAAGACAACUUCA